AUGACAAGACUGAUACUCGAUGCAGUUGUGAUUCAGAAGUCGAGGAGUUUCGAGCCAGAGUGCUACUCAGACAGAUUUCCCGAUAGACCGUUGAAGAGGAGAAGAGGAUUGUCAUGUCUUAACCCAGGAUCUCGAUGUCAGUCGAGCACGACAGGCUCACGGUUGAGGAAAAGGUGGAUAGAUAGCGAUCGACGUCAACCUGAAUUUUGGACUGCACCUUUGGAUGCCGAACGGGAGACGGUUGAACUAGUUCUACCAGGAGAGACCCCUGAGGAUGACGAUCUCGACCUCGCCAAUGCUCUCACUGACGGGAAGCCGGUUAGGAUUCUCAACCAAUUUCUUUUCUAUGAUGCGAGGAACUCGGAGAUGGUACCUCUCGACACUAUUGAGCAUGGCUCCGACGGUCAGGUCGAAGCAGCUGGCUUUGUCAGUCCAUGUUUCGAAGAGGAUGAACUCGAAGGAGACGAAGAUGACAUCGAGUCGGACGAGAAGUACGUUAUCUUGGGAGCUAUAUUCAGGUUUUGGAUUGAUUACACCGAGGAAGAGGGGUUGAUAUGGAUCGAAACCCAGUACGCCUGGUACAUUUUGAAAAACCCGUCCGAGGAAUACUCCACGAUUCAUGAAAAAUUUGUUAAACCCCAUCGUAUCUCGCAAUUCGUGUUCAGUUCGGCGAUGGAAUUCCCAGACGAAGAGUAUCCUUCCCUCAUUAAACGUUUGGAAUUUGAACACACCUGGUCCGAAUGCGAUCUCCUUGAAUCAGUACCCACGAUUCGCCAGGUGCUGCGUGAGACUGACGAGGUCCCCAUUUUCUCCCGCGUCAUUCAGAGAAUCCUACCUGGGACCUCCAAACAGCGGAAGUUGACUCGUGAUACACGGCCUCCCUUCCGACGAGCUGGGAGCACUCGCCUUGAUCCCAGCAAACAUGUUAACCCUACACAUGUUACUCCGUUGAUGGCAGGGCUCGCGGAAGGGCUUGUUCGUGAAACUCUCCAGGUAGUAGGUCCAAAGCCAUUAUCAAGGGGUCAACAAGAUCAACGACAGCAAGAAAAGCUUACACGGUUUUUGGCCAAUACUAGAGAAGAGAAUAGGCCGAUCAUUUAUGCAGAUCAAGAUAUGAUGGAAACGGAGGAUGACCAUUACAGGUACUAUUCGAGAGUAACAGUGGGCGAGGAAGUGUUCAAUGCCGGGGACACGGUUUUGACCCUUCGGCAUAUGAACAACGAUGAAAAACCUCUGGAGCCCUUCCACAUCCUCGCUGACCACUUCUGGUUCGCCAUGAUUGUAUAUAUAAGAGAAGAUAAGCAGGUGCACGUGCAGUGGUUUAAUCAUGGAUCACACUUUGACCUAGGUGAACUUGCCCAUCCUUACGAGCUGUUCCUCGAUUCCACCUGCGGUGACGUUCCUCUUGUUGAGCUUGCUGGCAAAAUUGAGCUUCAUUACAUCAUACCCCCAGCUAAUAAAAUACCCCCCGAUGAGUUUUAUGUUCGGUACUGCACGCGUUCGACAACAAACGGAUCAACUACAACAUCGCCUUCUAUAACGUCCCUCGAUCGAGCCGGACUCGAUCUUGCAACCGCUUUAUCUUGCAUUCCACCACCUCAAAAUUGCCGAGUCUGCGUUCAACGUCAAGAUGACAGCGAAAAAGAACAGGUGAAGGUCAUCGGCGGUGGCAGCGGCCUAGUCUAUCGCGAUCAAACCUUUCACCUUCACGACUUCGUUCUUUACCAAUCAGCUAAUUCUAACACUAUUGGACCGGCCAACAUCGGUCAGAUCGUCAAAAUACGCUGGAAUGCGAAAGGAGUGUCUGUAAUUGAUUUGAAACAGAUCGGAAGGAUUCGUGAUGUCGUUGGAUUACCUCUUGAACAAAUGAAGGAUGAGCGACAUGUCUUCUUGACUCCUGUAAUUGAAAAGACUGAAGCAACCAAGCUUGUACGAACUUGUGUCAUAUACCCACAUGUUCAGAUACCCAAAGAUCGCCUGGACGAUUGGCUCGGACUCUCUGAUUACCAUUUUUUUAUUGAAUAUCUAUUUCCCUCAAAAGAUCACCCAUUGUGGAAGGACAGGUCAAAACUUCGGUCCCCGCUGUUAUCAUGCAAGAAGUGCGGAGACGACAAUCUCGAGGCUUUCCAGAUUCAUGACGGUUUCGUUGCAUGUCGGGAGGGCAGUCGCCUGCCAACACUGGACCUAUUUGGUGGGUGCGGCGCGUUGGGGCUUGGACUGGCAGGCGGAAGUCAGUCACUUCGCAUAACACAUGCAAUCGAGAUCCUUCCCAGUUCCGCGAAGACAUACGAAAAGAACUCCCUAGAUACGAAGGUGUACAAUCAAUGUGUGAAUGUCAUGCUUAAGUAUGCGAUCAAGAAGCACAACGGCCUCGCCGUAGAAACCCCAAAGCAGUUGUUUGACGAUAUGAUGGACGUUCCGCCACCACCAAAACCAGGAGAUGUGAAAGUGGUCGUCGCUGGGUUCCCUUGUCAAACUUUCUCUCACCUGAACCGACACAAGCGUGAAGGAAACGUGAAGAGCAAUCUCGUACUGAAUGCAUUAUCAUGGAUCGACUUCCUUAAGCCCGAUUUUUGCUUCCUUGAGAACGUGCCGGGAUUUAUUGAUGAGAAACUGCGAGUUCCGAUUACCCAGAGAUCAAAUAAUAUGCAAGGCCGGAUCGAGAAGGGCUACCUCAAGCUUCUGUUGCGGGGACUGCUGGACAUGGGGUACCAAGUGCGACAUGGGCUUCUCCAAGCAGGACAAUAUGGUGCGCCUCAGAGCCGCCUGAGGUUCUUUCUUGUCGCGGCAAAACGCGGGCUCAAACUACCCGAAUUUCCUUAUCCCACGCACUUCUUCGGCACCAACACACGGCCAUCCUCCGUUACCUUCCUCAAAGACGGUCUUCCUCAUCAUUUUGUUACUGUUGGCGACGCUAUCAAUGACCUUCCUCCUUUCGAUUGGAAAGACCCGGAUUAUAAUGAAUUCUCGCACAAUCUCAGGCGGGAAGCUGAAGAGAGAGAACGAGAGAUACCUUCCAUCGAGUGCAAGGGCUCACGUUGUGGAUUCGAUGCGGCAGUUGAAUAUAAUCACCCCCCACACACGCGCUUUCAGAUGCAAGUACGACAGAUACCUACUACGGACUUGCAGCAGUUCACCAAGGUGCUGGGAGAAGUACAUGUUCGAAGAACAAUGCAAAUCAUAUUGACUCGAGACGGGGACUACAGAGGUGCGCAGCGACGGUUGGCAUGA